UAAAGGAAUUGUUAUCGUAGUUUUUAUUUAAAAAAGUUGAUAUUGUAUGCUAAUAUGUAUUAUUAUUAAUUUACUUCUGAAAAAUUAACAUUUACUUUAAGAAAUGUGUUGUACCUGAGUAUUUAUUAUAAUAUUAAACGUUAAACAUGCUCAAUUUCAUCAAGCUGUUCUAUCUUUGCGUGCAACAACGUGAAUAGUUCUGCAUUUUAAUGAACGGGCAAAUCGUGAUGUUGAUUGAUAAGAAAACUGGUGCGGAUAAACUGGAAUCCUUUCGCUCAACUUUUCUCGCCUCCGACUUCAUUUCGUAACAGGACUCGCUUUGGUUUCAGACUUUCACGCGGACCGCGUGCAUUUUCGAUCGGCACAUAUUCGAUAAUUACAUUAACGCGAUUGGAUAAUUGUAUGUAUAUUAUUAUAUCAGAGAAUUAAACAGAGUGAAAUGGUUUAAUGAAUUCAAUUAAAUACCAUGGAUGGAGAUGAGCAAAGAGAAUUAAGCAAAUACAAUCAUGUGUUGGUCGAAGCUGGCGACGUCAUACUCAGGGUGAACGAAGUCGACGUCAAUCGAUUCAGUACAAAAGAAGUGCUGAAAUGUCUCCGGCUAUCUUCGGAUCCCGUCACCCUCAAGCUACGAAGGGAUCCUGCAGUAAAGGCACACGUUCGCCGCCUUCUUUCUCCCGCACAACCCUCCAACGACGGCAAGACAGAAUCUUCGAAGGACAUCCUGGUGAACAAUCCGAAGAAUGUCGCCACUUGUGGCAAUAUAGAGAACAAGGAGCUCAGGAAAACGCCGGGCAUGCCGGAAGUAUCCGCAAAUUCGUCAACGCCUACGCCGGUGGCGGCGACGAGGAGCAACGGCUCGUGCAGCGAUGCGUCCGUCUCGUCGGAACUAGAGGCACUUCUACCACCCGUGGACAAUUUCAAGGAAGAAGAACGGACCCAAUGGGAACCCCUCUCUGCCGAGAAAUUUCCUCGACAAAAAAAUACUCCUAGGUUUGAAGCAUACAUGAUGACCGGCGACCUGAUGCUGAACCUCUCGCGCACGCAGCAGAGCAGUAAUUUGCUACCGAAGCAGCAUCAGCAGCGGAAAGUCGACUCCCUUAGGUACAACCCCAAUCACCAACACACUACUACCAUCACCACCACCAGCACCCAUCACAAUCACAAUCACCAUCAUCAUCACCAUCAUCACAACUCGGUGCCCAGCAGUCCCAAUGAGACCCAACUGGGCCACCAGCACCACCAUCACCAUCGAGGAAAUGCCUACAAGGCCUCCAGCUCGGCUAGCACGUCGCCCGUGGGCGCUGCAAGGCGUGACGGGGCUCAGGGCACCCCGGGUGCUCUAGUCCAGGUCGAUCCUAGCAAGAAUACUCCCUCGAGCUUCGGUUUCGUGCGUACUUCGCGAUCGGAGGACCAUCUGCAGUUCCAAAAGGACCCGUCGAUGAGCGCCGUGGACAUCGACAUCGACGAUGACGUCACCUCGAGCCUGAACACACUGCUGGACCCGCGACCAGAAGGCCUGAUGUCGAACGAGCGAAUUGUUUGGACCUACAACGCGCCCGUCAGCUCGCCGGCCGCUUCCUGCUGCCAAAACGGUGGCUCCUCAUCCUCAUCCUCUUCUUCAUCAUCCUCCUCGACAAGCCCGCAGCGUUCUCUGUCCCCCGCCUCCCCCACUUCCGUCUCAUCCUCCGUUAUGUCCUCCAACUCUGGAUCCCGCAGGUUCCCGCCGGUUCAGACUGUUCCUGGGGUCUCCGGCGCCCCGGGUGGUCAUCUUCCCGCUAAUGGCGAUCUCAGCCAGUCGGAGGCUAUAAGCAACAUGUCCAGUCCGGACUACAACGACGAAGAGACCAUGGAUAUUCUUAGCGCGAGGGAUAUCAUGAUGGUGAGCGAUCCCAGCGACAGCGAUUCCACCAUCUUGGCGAGCGAACCGCCCCAGAGGAGGCUAAAGGCCAAUCCUCAGGAUGCUGGAGAGCAUAGAAUCGUGAUCCAAGUGAAGGGACCCGACAAGGAAACCCCGCGAAACACGAGUCCUAGGCAGAUGAGGAGAAGGGGAAACCCCAGUAGCGAACUGAUCUCUCCUGCCGCACCUCAAAAUUUACAAAGAAAUCAAUCCGGAGUCCCGGGAGUUCCUGGGAUCGUCACGGGAUCCUUGGCGCCCGAAUGCGUGGGUUAUCAGGAAUUGAAAGAAAGCGAGGAUGAGAGAGAAGCUUUGAUGGGUGGAAUAGGCGACGAGCAAAAGGGCCACGGGAGUGGCGCGUCACCGCCGCAGUCAGCGGAUGAGGAGAGCGACAUCGAGAGCUUGCACAGCUUUCACUAUAGUCCGAAAGCGGUAGAUUUGCCCUCCGCUGUUCGAUUGGCCAAACGUCUCUAUUCACUGGACGGUUUUAAGAAAUCCGAUGUCUCCAGGCACCUUAGCAAAAACAACGACUUUAGCAGAGCCGUGGCAGAGGAGUAUCUGCGCUACUUCAACUUCGAGCGAGAUACGCUAGACGUGGCUCUCAGAAAAUUCCUCGCUCAAUUCUCUUUGACGGGAGAAACGCAAGAAAGAGAGAGGGUUCUGGUCCAUUUUUCUAAAAGAUAUCUGGACUGCAAUCCCGGUAGUUUUAAUUCUCAAGAUGCGGUUCACACGUUGACUUGCGCGAUAAUGCUGCUCAAUACGGAUCUACACGGUCAGAACAUCGGUCGGAAGAUGUCAUGCUCGGAAUUCAUCGAAAAUCUAUCGGAACUUAACGAUGGUGAUAACUUCCCGCGCGAGGUGCUUAAGCAGCUUUACAACGCCAUUAAAUCGUUUCCUCUUGAAUGGGCCUUAGACGAGGAAGGGGAUGAAGUGACGAACCAGGUGAUCCAACAGGGCGACGGUGCGGCGGCAAUGGCCGGCACCGGAAAUCCAUUUCUCGACGUGCCAAAUAUCACGGGCGCUACAGAGUUCAAAAAGGGCUACGUUAUGCGCAAAUGUUGUUACGAUUCCAACGGUAAAAAAACUCCGUUCGGUAAGCGAGGCUGGAAAAUGUAUUAUUGUACGCUACGCGAGCUUGUGUUAUAUUUACACAAGGACGAGCACGGCUUUCGUAACGACAGUUUACACAAUGCUAUACGUAUUCAUCAUGCAUUAGCCACUAAAGCGACCGACUACACAAAGAAACAGCACGUCUUCCGGUUACAGACAGCUGAUCAGGCCGAAUAUCUCUUUCAGACGAGUGAUUCGAAGGAGCUGCAAUCGUGGAUUGACACAAUCAACUUUGUGUGCGCCAGCUUUUCUUGUCAACCACUCGCUGGUGCCGUCGGUUCUCAACGUAAAUUCCAGCGCCCGUUGCUGCCAUGUAGCCAUACUAAAUUAAAUUCCAGAGAGCAAUUGCGGGACCACGAGGAUAGAGUCAACAGGCUAGAGGCAGAACUGGACGAACACAGACGACAUCCUCCGGAAAGAGGCGCGAAAGCUCUCACUGUACAGAAUUAUAAAGAGAAGGACGCGUAUUUGCAUCACGAGUUGAAGCGGUACAAGACAUACGCCUACUUGCUUCGUUCCCGACUGGCGUUCAACGAGGUAGAGCCGUCGUCACUGGUGGAAAGCAGCAUCGGCGAAGUGGACGAAGGCGUUCCCAUCGGACCUCCCGGAUCCUUAGCAAACGCGGAAGGGGCUCUGAUACCGCCGCCGGUCCCUGAACGGCCAACCGCAGCUAAUAGGUACAGUUAUAGGACCGCCAUUUACGGUAGCGGUCGCAAUCUGCUGAACGGUGGCCACCAGGACUAUAAUGCCACCGGUGGCGACAUUGGUUGACACGAUGCUUUCGGCUUGUGCGGGCUUGUCUGACCCUGGUGCUGGUGCUGGUGCUGGUUAAGUUGAUGGUUAAUGGUAGACACGAACAGUGACGCAAACUAACGAUAUACUUAUCGCGGCGCUUUGCACACACCCCAAUGGUGGUAUGACGUAUCCAUUCGAUGUAUCUACCCGACAGUGGCAAGACUAUUAAAUCAAGUUUUACUUUCAAUAUUAAAUUCAAUUUUUGAGUUAAUAUUUAGAUAUGAAUACAAAUAGAAUAAUGUUAA